AUGUAUUCACGCGAACAAUUCAUGGACACCCGUCCAGCGCCGCGACCACCCACAGACCGUCCCCGUCUUGCCCUUACCCCAAACACCAGCAACACGCUGCCUGGAAACAUGGCUGGAUUGAGCUUGCAGUCGCCUGCUUUCUCCAGUGGCUCGCAAAUGUCGCUUUCUCGAACACAGACAGAGAGAGGCGUUUCCUCUACGGCUGUGGUCAAAGAGGGCAUGGUCAAGGUCAAGGAUGAGGGUCUCUUCAAGUCCUUUGUUUGGGCAGACCGUUGGCUGGUACUGCGCGAGUUCGAACUGAACUUUUUCAAGAGCCCGAACGCGUCCAAGGUGUCCAAUACAAUUCAACUGCGGGACAUUCUUGGUGUUGAACGAUCUGACACGCAACCACUCUCCUUUGAGAUUACAAGAUCUUUGAAUUCCAACAAGGGUUCUUCUCCCCCUCGCGACGGACCCACCAAGAUCAUCACAUGUAAAGUCGAGACGGACGACGACGUCUACUCAUGGAUCGACAGCAUAUACCAGCGUUGUCCCAGUAUGGGCGGCGUCAGCAACCCUACCAACUUCACUCAUAGAGUGCAUGUUGGCUUCGACCCCAACAGUGGUGCUUUCGUUGGCUUGCCUAUGGAAUGGGAAAAGCUUCUUACGGCCUCGGCUCUUACUAAAGAUGACUAUGCAAAGAAUCCCAAGGCUGUUCUCGAGGUGCUCGAGUUCUACACUGAGAAACUUGUCAAGCGCUCUGAGGAUCCCCAGCAAUACCCCAGUCUCACCCCAACUCCUCCUGUGAGCGCUGGGACGGAAAAGCAGCUUGGCUACGCUGGUAGUGGAAAUUCUGUUGCGCCUCCACGCCCCGCUCCUCCGGGCCAGUAUCAGCGCAAGGACAGCUACAGUGCUCGUCAGAAUACUCCACCAGGAUCUGGUUACCCCUCAUCUCAGAGUGCUUCUCAACAAGAUCGCUACGACCAGGAGAGACGACGGCAAGAAGAGCAGGUGCGGAUGCAGCGGGAGAGAGACAGGCAAAGGCAGUACGAGCAGCAACAAGAACGCGAGGAGCUGGCUGCAUACAACGCCUCUCUACCUCAAAAGAAGGUUCCACUUGCACAGCAAGAGAUUGGUGGUGGCGGUUACGAGCCGCGAGACACGAGUCCAUCCGGCCAGCAGCGCUACAACCCAAGUCGUGCAGCUCCUUCCACUCCAGCAGCCGCCAAAACCCAACAACAGCAACCUCCAGGGUCCCUGCGCCAAAUGGCAGCUCAGCGUACUGCUCCCUCCGCACCUCGGCAGCAGAAUAAUGGUGCUUAUAGUACUUCGCCCUCGUCCAAAGCAUCAACUACCCAGCCACAACGACCGCCUGUCCAACCAAGCUCCAGCUACCAGGGCUCGAAAGAACAAGUCCCUCAACACCAGCAGAAGCAGUAUCAGGGCUCUUCUGCUGCUCCCAAGCCUUUGAACGUAGCAAAGCCUUCGGGUACACCCGUCAACGACGCUGUCAAAAAGGCUGAACAAGCACUCACUAGCAAGCCAAAGGAGGAGGCUCCUCGCAAGGAUGUUCGUAUGUCCAGUAUGUCCGAGAGUGAAGUUAUGAUCAAGCUCCGUGAAGUUGUGUCAAAGGAACGCCCGCUAGAGUCAUACAACAAACAGAAGAAGAUUGGUCAGGGAGCUAGUGGUUCCGUCUACGUCGCUCGUAUUCGCGAAGGCGCUACAUCACCGACCGCUCGGAGGAUUCUCCAGGAGAAUGGCCCGCGCGCUCAGGUCGCCAUCAAGCAGAUGGAUCUUCGUAAUCAGCCACGCAAGGAGCUCAUUGUGAACGAAAUUAUCGUCAUGAAGGACAGCAAGCACCCUAACAUCGUCAACUUCUUGGAUGCCUUCUUGCAGGAGGAGCAAUCAGAGCUUUGGGUCGUCAUGGAGUUUAUGGAAGGUGGAGCUUUGACCGAUGUCAUCGACAACAAUCCUACUAUCACUGAAGACCAAAUCGCCACUAUUUGCUUCGAGACUUGCAAAGGUUUGGAGCACCUACAUAACCAGAACAUUAUCCACCGAGAUAUCAAGAGUGACAAUGUUCUGCUCGAUGGUCGGGGCAAUGUCAAGAUUACGGACUUUGGAUUUUGCGCCAAGCUUACCGAACAGCGCAGCAAGCGUGCUACCAUGGUCGGAACGCCCUACUGGAUGGCGCCUGAAGUUGUUAAACAGAAAGAGUAUGGCAACAAGGUCGACAUCUGGUCCCUGGGUAUCAUGGCCAUUGAGAUGAUUGAGUCUGAGCCCCCGUACCUUAAUGAGGAACCCCUCAAGGCUUUGUAUCUUAUCGCCACCAAUGGUACCCCGCGCCUUAAAAAGCCAGACAAGCUGUCCAAAGAACUUAAAGCGUUCUUGUCAGUCUGUUUGUGCGUUGACGUCAAGUCACGGGCCAGUGCUGGCGAGCUGAUCAGCCACGACUUCUUGAAGAGCGGCUGUAGCUUAACGAGCUUGUCCCAGCUGCUCAACUUCAGGAAGAACGGAAGCCAUUAG